CACAACCACCUGGACGGGGGAAGACAGGGGGCUGAAGAUCAGAAAAACCCAGAUUUCUGCAAUUUUCUGCUCCCAGACCAAAAAACAACCAAUCCUCCCCCUUUUCCUGCUUACUGUUGUGGGAGGAUGUGGUCACUGCGACGGAUCAAUGGCGGUCAGAAACUCUGUUCCCGUUGUUACAUAAGCUAUUGAUUGAGGAUGGAGGUGCAGGUUUGACAGUGGAGCAGACCCUCAGAGUGAAGCAGCCGUUCUGAUCUGUGAGGAGCUUUAGGUCUUAGUGUGUCCAGACUCCAGGUCUCUGAGCAGGAGACAUGUCGACCAGGAGGAUAUCAUCCUCUCUUCUUCUCCUCUUUCUUCUCAUUCUUUGCUCCGGAGCGUCUAAUCCUGCUGACAAAGAGGAGCCGUCAUCCAUUGGACAGCAGAUGAACCAGGAACACCUGAAACCGCGCCUUCCAAAACCAAGACCCUCCCCGGUGACCACUUCCCCCGCCCCCGCAGCCCCUGCAACCCCUGCCCCGCCUCAGACGGAUGAAUUCCUGGGCCCGCUGGAGUGUCUGGACAAAAAGUUGACCCGUGCUUCCUGUGGGCGGGUCUUUUGCUCCCCGUGGCAGCGUUGCAUCGACGGUGUGUGUUCCUGUAAACCCCCCUACAUGUGUCCCAGAGACGGCGUGAAGGCAGUUUGUACGAGGAACCACAAGAGAUACUUGUCCUACUGCCAGGCGAUGGCGAUGUCGUGCACGACCAAGAAGGCCGUCCUGUCCCACUUUGGGGAAGUCUGCGGGGAAAGCGUUAAAAAGUUCUCAAGCUCAAUAGACAAACAAACCGGCGUGGUCAAGCUCUUCCUUCCUGACGACGGUGUAGGGGAGGAGCUACUGGUGUGCCACGGUCAGUGGAACAUGGCGGCGGCAAACGUGGCCUGCAGGGAGGAGCAUAACCAUCCAGGGCUGGAGAGCAUGGGUGCAGCAUCUGCGUUUGCUGUGAACUACUCCCAGAUCAGCGGCGGAGCCGAGCCGCUCCCCCGGCGGUGCGUCAACGUCCGCUGCCAGGGCUUCGAGUUCUCUCUGGCUGAGUGUGAGAUCUACAACAGGGUGGACAUCGGGGACGGGGCGGUUGCUGCAGCUCGCUGUUACGACUCACGACCUCCUGAGGACUGCGGCUUCACCUGUGCAAACGACAAAUGUGUGUCUCUGAACCAGACCUGCGACGGCGUGGACGACUGCGGCGACCGCAGCGAUGAAAUGUGCUGCAAAAAAUGCAGGAACAGAGCAUUUCGCUGCAACACGGGGGUGUGCGUGCAUCCAGACGCCGUCGGCGACCACCAGCUGGACUGUCUGGGUGGUGAAGAUGAGACGCCCAAACACUUGAAUACCAUCGCCAGAACCACCAAACAAGAAGCAGAACCUCCAGAAUACGUCUCCCGCAGAAACGAGACUAAAACCACCAGACAUCUGCUGGAGUCCAACCUGGUCUGUGGGAUUCCCAACAUGGACCUGGUGGAUGAAACGGAGGAGCACGUGCGUGGAAGGAUCAGCAGAAAAAAAAGGGUGGUUGGAGGAGUUGAAGCCAAGCCUACCCAGAUCCAGUGGCAGGUGGCGCUGCAGGAGCACGGCCGGAUCGACUGUGGAGGAGCUUACGUGGGCGGGUGCUGGGUCAUCACUGCAGCUCACUGCGUCAGGCGGAAUCCUGCUGCCUUCAAAGUCAAGUUCUCUCUGUGGAAAAAGUAUGCACCUCAAGGAAGCACCGACAUCGUUCCUGUCGAGGAAAUUAUCAUCCAUCCAAACUACAACCCCGCCACCUACGAAAACGACAUCGCUCUGGUCAAACUGAAGAAGUAUCCCUACAGAGACUACUGCGUGGAGGAGAACCCGGCCAUCAGAGCCGUCUGUGUGCCGUGGUCCAUAGAGCUCUUCCAGCCCAACUACACCUGCAGCAUCUCAGGGUGGGGUCGCACCAAAACCGGAAAGUCCGCUGAAGUGCUGCUCUGGGCCAACGUGUCGCUCAUCGAGGGCUGCCAAUCAUCCUACAAGCACCGCUUCAAAGCCGGCAUGAUGUGCGCAGGUGAUCUGGACGGCAAUGUGGACUCCUGUCAGGGGGACAGUGGGGGUCCUCUGGUUUGCCAGGACCAGCUGGGAGUCUCCUACCUGUGGGGCAUCGUCAGCUGGGGGGAUAAGUGUGGAAAGCGUGGGUACCCUGGAGUUUACACUCAGGUUGCCUAUUUCUUCGAAUGGAUCCGGAGUCACACCGGUUGGCCUGCAGUCACCAAAUUCAACUCCUAAUGAGAAGAACCUCCGCCGUAUCCACCAGUCCAGUCUGGGUUGAAGGCCGUUUAGUGGAAACCAAAUGGUUGUCAUGGUUUCGUUGAGUUUGCAGACGCCAUCCUGACCAUCAUCAUUCCAGCAAACUCUGUUCCUGCUUUGAUGGAAAACGUUUUCCUUCUUAGCCCAAUGCAACUCUGGUUUUCAAAAUGUUGCAACACAUACAAACAGAAAUAUUUCAACUAAUGGAUUUCAGGUUUUAAUAUUAAUAAAGAAUUAAAGAGGAACAUGUUUUAUUUUCCACUUCCAGGUGUGAAAAAGUUAAACAUGAUGGAAUAAAUUAGUUUUUGUCA